GGGCACGGCAAAGACUCGAUUAAUCUCAAACCACUCCGUAAGCUACUAUGCGACCAAAAAGAGAAAAUAACAAGAGAAACAAAAGAGGAAACGAUGCGUGCUUUGUGUGAUGCAUCAAGCGCGAGCAGAGCGACAACAGACGGACCCACCCCCAACCCUGUUCCAGGAGCAUGUCUUGAGCCACUUGAGAACAAGAACGUCGAGCGAUGGUUCGGCCAUCCAUGCACGCAUCCAGCACCGGAUACACUCUGAUUCCGGCUUCCGGGAGCUUUCGCGCUGGUAGUAGCAGCCGGAACCCCCAAGCCGAUGGUUAAUCCAAGGUCAGGAAACGAACUCCAGCGCCUCCAUAGAAUAUCCCACUAAACCCAGCCAAAUAAACACAGCCCACGCAAUUCUCAAGGUAUUGGAUCCGACCACAAUGAACCAUUUAUAUCAGCAAGCAACCACAAUGACGAUGACAAGAAAUAAAGUAACUGGACCAACCAGGCACCACCGCUGUGAAACCCACCAAGAAAAAAAGAGAAUCGCCAGUCAGGCACAUGCAACGUCCAGGUACAUUGCCAUGGCCUGCAGAACGGAGCCGAGGGGCUUCUGGCGAGGGGUAAGGUGUGUCGAGCCAACCUCGCGGACCCUGGGAGCUUUGCUGGCAUGGAGAAAAAUUGAAAGUCAACA